AGUCCUGGGGGGCUGCCGUGAUGGACGUGGACCCACGCAGCGAGGGGCUCUACGGCCGAGACCCCCCGAGGCCGCCGUGUGUCCCCGUGUCCCCCCGCCCCAGGGACAAGGUGCUCCCAGGUGUCCCCGAGAGACGCGGCGUCCCCGUGCCCUGCCCGGUUCCCCCCUCAGGUGCCCCCGGGGGGAUCCAGCGGUUGGAGGUGCUGCUGAGGCAGGUCCGCAGCAUGCAGAAAGUCCGUCAGGCCACGUCGCAGGGGCUGGUGAAGGCGCAAGAAUGCAGCGAGGGGUUGCGCCAGCACCUGGAGCAGCUGGAGCAGCACGAGGAGGCUCUGGAGGUGCCCUGGCAGCAGGUGCAGGAGUCACUGCAGAGAGCGCGGCUGCACAGGGAGGAGGUGCAGGCCAAAGGUCAGAGGUGCUGCGGGCUCUGCCUGGAGCAGCACCAGGACCUGGAAGGGACAGAGCAGCACCUGGAGCAGCUGAAACACCUGCGCAGGGGACACAGGUGGCAGUACUGCCAGCAGCUCGAGGCCAUCAUGGAGGAGCACAAGCACCUGCGUUACACGCACGCUCCAGCCCACCUGGAGGCUGAACUGGUGCACCUGGAGAAGAUCGAGGAGACGUGGCUGAGCUGCGAGCACGGUGUGAUGGACACCGAGGAGCAGCUGGGCCCGGUGGUACCUGUGCUCAGCCGAUUGGUGCAGCAGGACCAGGAGAGGGCGAAGCAACAGCUGGAGGUGGAGUUGGGCCAGCAGCAGCUGAGCCUGAGGCACCGGGACAGGUUGGCAGAGGAGCUGCAGCAGCUGGAGCGCCCCCUGGAGGCUCGGCCAGAGUGACGGGGACGAGACGGGCACAGCCCAAGGGACACCUGGGUGACACCUGGGUGACACCUGAGGGCCACCCGUGUCCUCCCAUGUCCCCCAGUUCCCCGUUGUCCUCCCCGCCGUGUCCCCCUCAGGUCCCCGAGUCCCCUCAAGUUCCCCCCUCUCCUCCCCACAGUCCCCAAUGUCCCCAAUGUCCCCUCAUGUCCCCCAAUGUCCCCAUAUGUCCCCAGUGUCCCCAGUGUCCCCCACAUCGCCAAUGGUCCCUCAUGUCCCCGAUGUCCCCUCAUGUCCCCCAAUGUCCCCAAUGUCCCCUCAUGUCCCCCAAUUGUCCCCAAUGUCCCCUCAUGUCCCUCAAUGUCUCCCCAAUGUCCUCCCAUGUCCCCCAUGUCCCCUCAUGUCCCUUAAUGUCUCCCCAAUGUCCCCAAUGUCCCCAUAUGUCCCCAAUGUCUCCCCAAUGUCCCCUACAUCGCCAAUGUUCCCCCAUGUCCCCAAUGUCCCCUCAUGUCCCCUCAUGUCCCCCAAUGUCCCCAAUGCCCCCCACAUCUCCAAUAUCCCCCCACGUCCCCAACCCCUGAU